AUGGCUGCAAACCAUCAUCCAUCGCCCACCAUGAUGCAGAUGCAGCACCAGCAGGCGCAGGCGCAGGGCGGCCCGCCUCACGCCGGCCCUUCCAGCCAGUAUAGCGCUUCCGUCCAGAUUCAGCAGCUCAACGAGCAGGUUUGGCUACAAAUCGGCAGCUGCGCAGAGCUCUUGCGCACCCCCGACGAGGCCCUCCAGGCAUACGAGCGCGCCCUCAUCGCCAAUCCUCAGUCCAUCACUGCUCUCAACGCCAUCGGUAUGCUGCUCAAGGGUCGCGAGGCCUUUGACAAGGCUCUCGAGUUCUUCCGCACCAUUGUCGACAUGGACAGAAACAAUGGCGAAGCUUGGGGCAAUCUCGGCCACUGCUUCCUCAUGACCGAAAAUCUCCAAAAGGCUUACGACGCUUACCAGCAAGCUCUGGUCAAUCUGCGCGAUCCCAAGGACCCCAUGCUCUGGUACGGCAUUGGCAUCCUCUACGACCGCUAUGGCAGCUACGACUAUGCCGAGGAAGCCUUCUCCCAGGUUAUGCAGAUCCAGCCCGACUUUGAAAAGGCAAACGAGAUUUACUUUCGCCUCGGAAUAAUAUACAAACAGCAGUCGAAAUAUCCCCAGAGUCUUGAGUGCUUCAAAUACAUUGUCAGCUCGCCUCCCGGCCCCCUGACACAGGAGGACAUUUGGUUCCAAAUUGGUCAUGUUCAUGAGCAGCAAAAAGACUUCGACAACGCCAAGGCUGCCUACCAGCGUGUUCUGGAUCACACGCCUACCCAUGCCAAGGUCCUCCAACAGCUUGGCUGGCUCCACCACCAGCAGAGCAGCUCCUACGAGUACCAAGAUCGCGCCAUUCAGUACCUCGAGAAAUCUGUCAACGCCGGUAGGACGUCCACAAUCUCCUCCGAUCGCUCAACCCUAACAGCAGCAGAUAACACCGACGCACAGAGCUGGUACCUGCUUGGUAGAUGCUACAUGUCGCAGCAAAAAUACCCCAAGGCGUAUGAGGCCUAUCAGCAGGCCGUCUAUCGCGAUGGAAAGAAUCCUACCUUCUGGUGCUCAAUUGGUGUCCUCUAUUAUCAAAUCAACCAAUACCGAGAUGCGCUCGAUGCUUAUUCGCGCGCCAUCCGCCUCAAUCCCUACAUUUCUGAAGUCUGGUAUGACCUCGGCACAUUGUACGAGUCGUGUAACAACCAAAUCUCCGAUGCCCUUGAUGCCUAUCAACGGGCUGCCGAGCUUGACCCUCACAACCCGCACAUCAAAAAUCGUCUUCAGCUGCUUCGCUCCGGCAAUGGCGGUGCUCCCCCGGCUGCACCUCAGCCUGCCGAUGUUCACCCGCAGGCUUAUCAGGCCGCUGGUCCUCAAGGUCCUACUGGUCCUCAGUGGGGAGGCUCUACGGCUCAGCCUCCUACUGGCGGCCCUCCUCCCGCUCCCCAAGGUGCUGGCGAGAACUGGGCUCGCAACCUCUCCAACGUGAACCCACCUCCCCAACCACCUAACCCAUAUGAGAGCCGCGGGGAACCUUUCCGUGGCGGCCCUGCUCCCCCUCUGCAGCGGCCUCACAGCCCUCAGCAUGACCCUCGCCAGCCGCAACCUGACCACCGUCAAGCGCCGCAACCUCAGCAGCAGCCGCCAUACGCCGACCGACCUGGCCUGGCUCGCCGUGCUUCGCCUCCUCCAAGCCACGCAUAUGCUCCUACGUCGCAGGGCCGCGUUGCCAACCCAAACUUUAGCGGCUCUGUACCGUCUGUUUCCGCGCUUCCAUCGGGGGGUCCCAACGGCCCCGCACCGCCGCCUCCCAACGGCACUGUUCCCUUCCGGCCCACCCACAGCCCCCGCCCUGACGGCCGCGAGGGCCAUGUUCCCUCGCCCAAGCCUGCCUACCCCGGCCAGGCGCCGCCGCCGCUACCCCCAUACGCGGGUCAAAGCGAGGCACUACAACCUGCAAGUGAGAACGGACAGACUGGCCCCGUCCCCCCUUUGGCGGCAGCCCCCGAGGCCGCAGUCCAGCGCCAAGAAGACCGCCCUCCCUCGGUCGGACCGAAGCGUAUGCGCGAGUGGGAGGAUGAUGCAUCCGUCAAGAAGCAAGCAAAUGAAGAGAAUCGCGCACGCCUGGAGGAUGUCAAGCAUCGCCGGCCGUCCCUGUCUCCCAAGGAAGGCUUCCGCCGCCCUUCUCCUCGGGGCGAGGAGCGCCGUGUAGAAGAGCCUCGCAGAGUGGAAGAGUCUGCCCCCAAGAACGACUACCACCCCUCUGAGGCAGCUCAUCAUCACCCGCAACACAGCGUAACGGGGACUCAGUUGCCUCCCAUGCAGGCAUCCGCCCCCGCUGAUGCUACGCCUGAAAAGGCCCAGCCUCCAGUCAUUCCAAAGGAGGAGCCCCCGGAGACUAGCAUUGCUCCGCGGGCUUCCGCAACGUCUGAGCCUGAGCGCGCCGCUAGGAAGAUGGAUGUCGACGAAGACUAUGACGAUGCACCCGAAGAUGACAAGAAGGCAGCCACAACGAAUGGCUCCAAGGCUGGCUCUACUACGGACGAGGCCAAACCCAGCUCACCAAACAGCACGGGAGCUAACGGCACGACAGCGGCCCCUGCUGCUGCCACGGCUAAGACGGAAUAA